CUGCGACUGUGACUUCGACAUGACUCGUGUUUCUUGCCAUCUGCUUUUAUGUGUAACGGCUCUCUACUCUUGACUACUAUUUUCUGCACCUAACGACCCAUCAUGCCCAUGCUAGCUGAUCCCUCCCAAAAGUACAAGCCGUACACUCCUCUGAACCUCCCCAACCGCCAAUGGCCCUCAAAAGUCACAACCAAGCCACCAAUCUGGCUGUCGACAGACCUGCGAGAUGGUAAUCAGGCUCUCGCAAACCCUAUGACUAUUCCUCAAAAGACCCUCUUCUUCCACACUCUUCUCAAGUGUGGCUUCAAGGAGAUCGAGGUCGCAUACCCUGCUGCCAGCGACACGGAUUUCAACUUUGUGCGAGGGCUCAUUGAGCAGGGACAGGUGCCGGACGAUGUAUGGAUCCAGGUCCUCACCCCUGCCCGUGAAGACCUGAUCAAGCGCACGGUCGAUUCGGUCGCAGGCGUUAAGCGAGCAAUCAUCCACAUGUACAAUGCGACGUCGUGUCUCUUCCGCGCGGUCGUCUUUCGGCAUUCAAAAGAAGAGACUAUUGCGCUCGCCGUGAAGCACACCAAGAUCAUCAGGAAGCUCACGGAGGAAUGCACGGCGAAGCAUGGAACGAUCUUUAAGUUCGAGUACAGUCCUGAAACGUUUUCGCAAACAGACCCCGACUUUGCUCUCGAAGUGUGUGAGGCGGUCAAGGCUGCAUGGGGCAAAGCUGGCCUCGGCGAUGAGCGCAUCAUCUUCAACCUGCCUGCUACUGUGGAGAUCGGCCCACCUAAUCACUAUGCUGACCAGGUCGAGUAUUUCUGCCGUCAUAUCUCGGAACGAGAGAAGGUGGUCAUCAGUCUGCAUCCCCACAACGAUCGAGGUCAGAGUAUUGCUGCAGCGGAGCUUGCCAUGCUUGCAGGUGCCGACCGUGUUGAAGGUUGCCUGUUUGGGAACGGCGAGCGGACAGGGAACGUCGAUAUUAUCAACCUCGCGCUCAAUCAGUACACGCAGGGUAUCAACCCAGGACUGGAUUUCAGCGACAUACAGGCAGUCAUCGACGUCGUUACGCAAUGCAACGAUUUGCCGGUGCACCCACGGCACCCGUACGCAGGAGAACUUGUGUUCACUGCAUUCUCCGGCUCGCAUCAGGAUGCGAUCAAGAAGGGCUUUGAGGUGCAGAAGAAACGACAUGAGGAAGCAAAAGUAAAGGGCGAACCUCUGUAUUGGGAGAUGCCAUACCUCCCAAUCGAUCCAGCCGACCUUGGAUGCAACUACGAGGCAGUCAUUCGUGUCAACGCGCAGUCCGGCAAAGGUGGCAUCGCGUAUCUUGUUCAGCAGCAUUUGGGCCUCGACAUGCCGCGGAAGAUGCAAAUCUCGUUCUAUCAGGUCGUCCAGGACAUCGCGGACCGGGAAGCGAGGGAGAUGACUAUAGAGGACGUUACAACUGCUUUCCGCAAGACGUACCACUAUGGUGGCUCGACAUACGAGGGAAGGCUGGUCUUGAAGUCCUUCAAGAUCUCUGCUGAGACUUCGCCGGACUUGAAGAAUGGGGAUGAGGCGGCAGAUGAACGUCGUCAGUUUGAUGGCACGAUCUUCGUUGAUGGUGUUCUUCGUGUGAUUCGUGGAGAUGGAAAUGGCCCCUUAUCGGCGCUGUUGGAUGCUCUGCGAACGCACCUGGACAUCAACCUGUCCCUUCGUGAAUAUUCAGAGCACGCCAUCGGCCAAGGCCAGGACUCUAAGGCCGCAUCGUACGUCGAGCUCGUCCCCCCUGCCAGAGAUAUCAAGGAGAUUCGCCACUCGACCGAGUCGUGGUGGGGGGUCGGUGUCGAUGCCGACAUCGCCGGCUCCGGUUUACGCGCGGUGCUCAGUGCAGCGAACAAUGCCAUCGGCGAUCGCGAACUGCCGGAGCUGAAGCUGAGUGUCGGUUUCAACGCGUCAACCAGCCAGGCGGAUAUCGCCUCCGUCAUCCUCAACGAACUUCAUCUGGAGCUCCCGCGUCGCCUACAGGCCGCAUUCUUCGAGGUCGUGCAGCGCGCGGCGCGCAAGACGGACGGGAAGCUGUCGUACCCCGAGCUCGUGCAUCUCUUCCGCGAGACAUACAGCUACGAGACACCCGACAGGGAGGGACGUUUCGCGCUCAAGAGCUUCAAGAUGGAGAACCUGGGAGAGACGGGCCGCAAGGAGCUCACAGGAGAGUUCAUCAUCAACGGCAAGCUCACGCAGGUAUCUGGGCAGGGCAACGGUCUCCUCACUGCAGCGCAAGCCGCCUUGAAUGAGCACAUCGACGGAAAGGCGACGAUCCGCGAGUACGCGGAGCACUCUAUCGGUGAGGGCUCUGACGUGAAAGCUGCAUCGUAUAUCGAGCUCGCGUACGAGGCGGACGGCGGCGCCAUCCGCCUGAAUGCCUGGGGCAUCGCGACCGACACGGAUAUCACUGCAUCUGGUCUGAAGGCGCUGUUGCGUGCAUCGAGCACGCUGGACUAUAUGCAUAGGAAGAUUACCGCGCAGAAGUAAGAACAAUGUGUAUAUCUGUGGAAUUUAUCGGUGUUUGCACCAUCAUCCGUCU